UAUUAGAUAAUGAUGAUAAUUAAAUAUAGUAAAUUGUCAAAAAAAACAUAUUUGGAAAAGUAAGAUAAUUUUUAUAUAUAUUGUGUUAUUAUCUAGAAAUAAUAUUGUAUAUUAUUAAAUUUCAAAAUGUAUGAGUUUAAACGUUUUAUAAUUAAAUACUAAUCAAGCAAAAUAUUUUUAUAAAGAUUUUUUAAAAUAUUACACCAAAAAAUGUUUUCUAAAAUAUUUUUAAUUUUUUUUAAGAACAUAAAUAGUAAUUUAUUAUGCUGAUUUUUUGAAUUAAUAAAAUAUAAACUAAUACCUAGUUGGAUUAAAAAUCUGUAAUUUAAAAACUGUGUUAGUCAAAAAAAAAAUCUAGUAAUAAAGUUUUCACUUAGCUAAAGAGUUAUGGAUUUAAUUGUUUUUUCGUUGACUGUUGACUAGAUAAAUACAGAAACAUACUUAUUUGCUUCAGAGUUAUUCUAACUAUUCAGUACCGUGAAAUAACAUGGCAAAGCCUUCGCCGGUGAAUAAACCAACCACAACUCUAGAUGACUACGCUCACAGUCCAUUCCAUUACGCCGUCGUUUUAGGAGACCACGCCGGCUUAAUCCGUCUCGUCUCGUCCUUGCCUAAGCUAACCGAACCAGAACAAAUCCACACCGAGUCCGACUCGAUAAGCCAAGAGCGAGCCGCCGAGAUAAUCUCCGCCGUCAUCGACCGCCGCGACGUCCCGUUCCGAGAAACGCCUCUCCACUUAGCGGUGCGCAUCGGCGACGUUCUCGCGGUGAAGACGUUAUCCUCCGCCGGCGCUGAUGCCGCGCUUCGGAACGUCGCAGGCUGGAACGCGUUGGACGAGGCGGUUCGUCGCGGGAACGCCGAGAUCACGGAGAUGAUUCUCCGGCAUCAGCGGCGUUCAGCGUGGUGCAGAUGGAGGCGGAGGCUGCCGUGUCUGAUCGCGGUUCUUGAACGCAUGAGAGACUUCUACGUGGAGGUUUCUAUCAGCUUCGAGAGCUCCGUGAUCCCCUUCUUUGGGAAGGUAGCUCCUUCCGAUACUUACAGGAUAUGGAAACAAGGCGGAGAUCUACGUGCUGAUACGUCGUUAACCGGGUUCGACCGGUUUAAAAUUCGCCGCGCGAACCGGAGAUUUCUUUUCUUAAGUGACGAUGACGUGUCUAGUAGUCCCGGUACGUUGCUUGUGUUGAACAGAGAGGAUAAAACGAUAUCGAACGCGUUUGAAAACGCGGGUGAGACGGUUAGCGAGAGAGAGAUGGAUGUUACCAAAGCAGAGCUCGUUGAGAUGAAGAACUGGCGAGGGAAGGAGAAGGUUGAGACCGUCGGAGAGUGGAAAGCGAAACGUUACGAGGCCAAGAACGUGAGUUUUAGUUUAAAAUCGCCGAAAGUUGCCGUCGCCGCCGGAGAAACAGAGAAGAACUCGCCUUCGUUAACGAGGCAGCUCAGUUGUUCCGACGUUGAGGAGAAAGAAGUUCAGCCGUCGUCGUUGCGGAGGGGGAGAAAGUCGGUUUCUUUACCGGCGGCGGAGGUUUCUGUGGCGGGUUCGGUUCCAAGGAUCAAAGGAAAGGAGACUGUGAAGAGCUUGAGUCCUUUGGUUUGGUUAACGGAUGAUUUUCCUUUGACGACGGAGGAGCUGCUUCCGGUUCUUGAUAUUUUAGCCAUUAAUGUUGAAGCCGUUCGGAGAAUGAAGGAGCUGCUCACCGUUAAGUUCCCGCCGGGAACUUUCCCGGUUAAGAUGUCGAUACCGGUGAUCCCAACGGUGAAGGUAGUCAUAACAUUUAGCAAGUUCGUGGCUCUCCCGUCGAUGGAUUUCUACACACCAGUGUCAAGCCCGAGUCACAUCUCAGCUGGAGUCGAAGACCAAUGCGACGUGGAAUCUGAUAUAAGAACCUCGACUACAAGGCGAUCAUUCUCUUGGCUGAGACUGAAGGCUACCAAGAAAAGCUCACAGCGACGGUUGAAGAAGGAGCAGGCACAAAAGGAGGACCCAUUUGCAAUACCAGCAGGGUAUAAGUGGACGAGCAACACAGACUAAUCAGGUAAUCAUAUACUAUUUGGGCUGAAUGUUUUGAUGGGACAAUGUUAUAGUCUUAUAGAUGAUUAAUACUAUGUGUUUCAUUUUGUUGUUGUUGUAAACUCGUGACGUCAACCAUGAAGAAUCUAUCGUCGAUCAAGCUAAGUCAAAGAAAGAUGAUUACGAUGUUUAUAAUGUUCUUGAUCACCUAACUCUCGUUUAGGAUAGUCUUAAGUUGUUAUCUUCUAUGAU